UGUAUUUCGUGUAGCUGUCUACUACUACAAUACAAAAAGUUGUAUGUAAUUUGUCUAUUAAUGCUUGUAAAGGUCUGUGAAACAGCUGAAGAUAUGAUGCCUAUCCAGUCUGAUGAAGGACCCAGUGCAGUGUCACAGCUGGCCAAGAGAAUGCAGGGAGCCGGGGCGAAGGGCUGGAAGAGUGUUUCGUCCCUUUUCAACAAAGAUGACGAGCACCAACUUUUGGAGGCCGAGAAUCAACCUGCAGCAGAUCAUCCAUUGGCAGUGAAGCCAGAGGAGCCUCCAAGACCCAACAAACGAAACACUGGAUUCUGGGAUAGUUUUGCGACAAAGUGGCACCAAGCUGCAGCGAUGAAGCAAGCGGAAGCAGCGGCCACCUCGACAAUGGAGGGAGAAGGCGAAAGCAACCAGGAGAUGGGGAACGAGAGAGGAGUGAGGGCAGAAGAUGGGGAGAACCAGACCGGAAAAGAGUUUGAUGCGAGUGAGGGUGGAGGGAGCAGCAUAGGCAACAGCUUCUCCAAGUAUGCAACACUGGGAGGUGACAGUGAAGAUACACCCGCCUUCAAGUGGAACUUUGUCACCAGCAAACUGGCUGAGCUUAAGACGAAAAGCAUGUCCAAGAGCAACUAGCCAAGUAGAAGAGAAGGGGAGGGCAACUGGGUACUAAAAAACUAGAGAAGAGUUAUCAAAGUUCAGACCACAGGGGCCACAGUGCUUGAUUUGAGCCUUACAUUGCAGAUUUGUGGUGAUCACAUUUCACUGGACCAGUUUAAAAACAUUGACCAUGACCGAGACUGUGGCCUCUCCUGGCCUGGAUUGGUUGACACUCAUGUAGGAUUAAUUGCAUAAACUUCUGUUCCUUAAACUAGUGGUUCUCAAUUGGUUUUGCUUCAGGACCCAAAUCAAGUGGCAACCCAAUACAGCAUAAUAUUUGUCUAUUGUUCAAAAGUAAACAAAAGUGUCAUUAGAACGUAAUGGAUUGGUAAAUAAUUGGUCUCUAAAUGUAUCUUACAUUUUUGUUGGCUUCAUGCUUUUAGCAGCCAAUAAUUCACCACACAAAAUACACUUUGGUCAACACAAACCAUGUUUAUCCUCGAUGAAGAUUAACCAGCUGAGAACCUCUGCCU